UUUAUCGUUAUAUAAGUAUGCUUCUGUUACUUUCCUAGUAGUCGUUGGGGUUUUGGUAAUCACCUCGUAUUUGGAAGUUGCAAUUGAUUUAAUGCAUUCAUCCUCAUUUCAGAUAGGUCAAUGUUGGUACAUAUCAUCAAUAAGUAAUUGAUGUCAGCUGCUCCUAAUUGCACUAUCCUCAAUCCUCUUCAGUUGGAUGGGUACUUAGGUCAACCAACGUUCAGUCAAGCAUUUUACAUUUCCCACUUCAGGGUAAUAGGGAAAAUACUCGACAGAGAAAUCACUCAUUUACACACCUCAUUGCGGUUAAGAUCGUUAUUAGGUGGGUACUUCCGAUUUUCGAAGCAGCCGCCAAAGAAGGAAGUUACAAAAACUUAACAACUUUCAUUCGAUGAAAACUCAUUGUGCAGCGUGUGGCACGGGCCUGCCGCAGUGCCAUAGCUCGGAAGAGACAACAAUUUGUCUCGCCAUCAGGGAAGCAUUAAAUUGGAGGUGUGUGUGCUCUUUGAAAUCGGCAGUGCGACAUCGAUUUAGUGUACCGGAUUAUUUUGCGACAAAAACAUGGUAAAUCAUGGUGAAGUUGGGAUUUGUUGAGAACUGCGCCUUGUCUUAUUUUUGGCAAGUGGUACUCGUUUUUCUGUACAAAGGCGGCGAUGUUGGGGCGGAGGUUGUUGUUGAUGAGAGGCUUGUUCAGGGAACUAACGUGAACCUUGGGGAAGCCCUCCAGUUUUUGAGGGAAUUCGAUAUAGAAGCUUCUAGGAUGUGCUUCAGCGUUGGUACAUCUCAAUGGACCUACGCCACAAACAUGACCGAUUUCAACAGAAGAAGGAUGGUUGAAGAGCAAACCCUCAAAGCGAAAUUCGAUAAACUCACCUGGAAUAGAGCUAUCACUUUCGACUGGACUAGAAUUCCAGAUAUGAUGGUUAAAAGGCAUCUUAAAUUUUUAGUUACAGGGAACAGGGGAAGCUUGCCAGAUGAAAAAUACAACGAGAUAUACCACCUCGUUUCCGAAAUGAAGGACAUUUAUAUUCAUACAAGAAUCUGUCCCUACGAUAACUUCGACAAAAAUUACUGCGAAUUAGACUUGGAGGACGUGACGAAAAUUAUGGGAGAAUCUAGAAAUCCUCUGGAACUGGCGCAUAUUUGGAAAGAGUGGCACGACAAAACCGGACCACCAAUGAAGAAUAAGUUUAUGAGAUACGUGGAAAUAGCGAAUCAAGCUUCCAGAAUAAAUGGGUUUGAAGACGCAGGGGAAGAGAUGCGAUACGUUUACGAAGAUUCGAAUUUCGAGAACGAUAUCUCGGAAUCCUUCCAGAGAUUACAACCUCUUUACAAAGAGCUGUUCACAUACGUCAGGAGAAAAUUACUGAAUAAGUACGGCCCAACAGUUAUACGUCCUGAAGGGCCUCUUCCAGCUCAUAUUCUGGGGAAUGUCUGGGCCCAGGAAUGGUCCAAAAUAGAAGAUAUAGUGACACCGUAUCCUAGCGCAACGAAAAUCGACGUUACAGAAGAGAUGCGGAGACAAGGCUUCACACCAUUGAGGAUAUUUCAAAUGAGCGAAGAAUUUUUCACGUCAUUAGGUUUGAAAUCGAUGCCACAUGAGUUUUGGAGACACUCAAUAAUUGAAAAGCCUGUAGAUAGAAAAGUGCAAUGCACAGCCAGUGCCUGGGACUUCUGUAAUAGAAUGGAUUAUAGGAUAAAACAAUGCACAGAAGUCAAAAUGGAAGACUUGAUCACAACACAUCAUGAAAUGACUCAUAUACAAUAUUAUUUAUAUUAUGCUGGCCAGCCUUAUCUUUAUAGAAAUGGAGCAAAUCCUGGUUUUCAUGAGGGAAUAGCAAACGCUAUAAGCUUAUCAGUCUAUAAUCCAACUCAUCUUCAUCUUGUGGGAUUAUUCAACAAUGAUACAAGCAAUUAUGAAACAAAUAUAAGGUUCUUAUUGGAAAUGGCUUUGAAAAAAGUCGCGUAUGCCCCUUUCGCCUAUCUGGUGGAUUUGUGGCGCUACGAAAUCUUCAGAAACGGAGUUUCCAAUAUGAAUUCCGAUUGGUGGCAACUCCGUAUUAAAUUUCAAGGAAUAGUUCCGCCCGUACCAAGAAGCGAAAAACAUUUGGAUGCAGCAGCCAAAAGACAUAUUCCAGCCGAUUUACCUUACAUGAAAUACUACGUGGCCUUACUGUUGGAGUUUCAAAUCUUUGAAGCGCUGUGUAAUGCUGCCGGACACACAGGACCCUUGCAUAGCUGUGACAUUUACAGAUCACGAGAAGCUGGCAGAAUUUUAUCGGAAAUUAUGAGCUUUGGAAAAUCUAAGCACUGGAAAGAUAUAAUGAAAAUAUUGACCAGAGGAAAAACAGAUAAAAUUUUAGCAGAUUCAAUGAUGAAGUACUUCCAACCCCUCUACAUCUGGUUGAAAGUGCAAAAUGCACAUGAAAACAUCGUUGGAUGGAUGACUAAUCAAGAAGAUGCAGCUUUAUUUCAACCACUAGUUUCAGCUGACAAUAGCCUGAAGAGUUCAAGUAUAAAAAACUUAUAUUUGAUAGGCCUGCUACCAAUUCUGAUAGGAAAAUGAAAAAUUUCCUCAUAGCAACAGUAUUAUAAAACGUUUAAUAAACAUACACAUCAAUUACAUUCAAUGCUUAGUUAUUAAAAAAUUCCUUAUGAAACAUUGUCUUGAGGAUCAUUCUCCAUGAAAGCAUCAUCAAGAAAAAAUUAAGAAAUUCGAGAAAAAAACCAAAUUUGCAACUCAACAGGAAAUUUUUGAUGAACUUUUUACUGAUUUAAAAUUACAUUCAGGUAAAAAAAUUUCAAUUGCCAUAAGGCAUCCUACAACAUCCCUUGAACAAGAAACAUACCAAAGAAUUUUGAUUGCAAGUACCCUUUGAUAUCAAAUCAAACAUCACAGUUGUAACUACAACAUGAAUCAUGAAAAGAAAAAGAUUUGUUCAGUUAA